AAACUACAAUGAUAAAUUGCUAAAUUAUAUGUUACUUAAUGCAACCGGAACACUGACACUUAACUUGUGGAUAAGCCAGGUGCUCCCGAUUGAUCCGAGACUUCGCUGCACGUCUGAGGAGAGUUUGGGAGGAGUUCAAGUACAAACUGGAGGAAGUUUUUGGAGAACUUCUCCAAUGUACCUGCUUUGGGAACGCUCCUGAGAGGAGGAUGGCUCAAGAUUUCUCGUCAUUGCAGCUCAUGUGUGAUGAUGGAACUCAGGUUUUCAAUCAAAGAAGCCUCCAAGCUCUGAACCGACUUGCAGCCUCUCAAAACGCAGAUCUACAAAUGUCUGCAGCCAUAUAUUACCUGCACAUCAGUCACCACUUGAAAUCUCCCUUACCAGAUGCCUUCUUGGAACCAAUCACGGCUCUUCUUUUGUCCCCUGACCUGGAUGUGCAGAAGACUACUUCCUUUGCCCUGGUUAAUCUAUUAGUUAAGAAGAAUGUUUGUAAAGAGUCGGUGAUCGAGACGGGGAUGUUGGUGCCGCUGCUGGAGUUGUUCCAGUCGGGGGAUCCAAUGGCUCAGUGUCACUCUUGUGCCUGCGUAGCCAUGCUGGCGUCCUCAGAAUCGAACAGAGAUUCUAUUUUGGUGGAUGGAGUGAUGCCUCUGUUGGCUUUGGCAAAAUCCUACGAUCCAGCGGUACAGCUGAAUGCAGCAUGGGCCCUGUUACAUCUCACCCACUCAGACUGGUCGACAAGAGCUCUGUGUCAAGCAGGGGGCAUCCCUGUCUUGGUUCUCCUGCUGCAGUCCUCCAGGUCAGAAGUUCAGUUUUACAGCUGCACAGCUCUUUGCAACAUUGCCGCCGUUCAAGAGCAUCACCCAAAGUUGCUCAGCGUCGGGGGUCAUUAUUUGUCUAAGUCACUUUUGACGCUGAUGUCUUCCUCUGUAGAAAAGAAUGCAGCCCAAGCAUGCAGAUGCCUUCAAACUCUUUCAAAGAAUGUUCGGGUCCAGGAACAUCUCAUGGAGCUUAACUGUGUGUUGCCUCUGAAGUCCCUGCUCAAAACUUCGAACGCUGUAUGGAUGCAGACAGCUCUAAAGCUGCUGUGCACGCUGACCGCACACCCACCAAACUGUGAUCUCCUGAUGAGUGAAGGACUGUUGAGGGAAGUCGGUCAGCUGCUCCAUCAUUCCAGCUCAAACUCUGCUCUGAUCUCACAAAGCUGCGAGCUCAUCGCUGACCUCUGCGCUGCCUGCAUGGACGAGCAGGCUGUGACGGAGAGCCUGUGCUUAUCAGGGCUGCUCCGAGGACUUGAGUCUCCUUCCCUGUCAGAUGAGACGUUGCUGCGUGUGACUUUGUGUUUACGUCACCUGAUGAGCUGGGAGGGGCUAAGGACUACGUUGUCCACUUCAGUAUCACCAGAGCAGGUUUGGAGACUGGUGCAGCUUUCUGGACAGACAAGAAAUCCUGAGUUGUCGUACAACUCUGCAGCCAUCAUACACACGUUUGAACUGACGGAAGGCUUCCUCCAGCUGCUGAGGCCUCACUACAGCGCGGUGUCUAAAUAUUUGCUUCUCUUCCUCAAAAGGAAAGAUGUUCAAUUCCAGCAGCUUGGCAUUGCUGCUAUAGCUAAACUGAAGAAUGAUAGAGACUUUUUAACGGCGGUGACCGACGGUGACCUGGAGGCUCGGCUGUCGCACAGACAUGCAGAGACGGAGGAGACGAGGCGGCUGCCGUGAAUCAUUCAGCCUCCGGCGCCAUCUUCUGGUUAAUCGUCGACUUGCUUAGUAUUUUUAUGAACCGUCUUAAGAUGCUUACUUUGAUGCAAAACUUUUAUUUAUUUAUUUAUUUUUUUUAUA